UCGCCCCCUCGAGUGGUCCUCCUAGCGGUUAAUUCUGGAACUGUAGUUUCACGCCUCUCCCUCUCUCGUCGGUCUUGCCUCCGUGCGUGACACCGGCGCACCAUAUGCCUCCCAAAACAAGACACAGUGAAUAAGUAGCAAGAUAACAUAGCUAACGGACAUCAAACCAGCUGCAUUAUUCACAGUCAAGCUAGCUAGCUAUCUUAGCUAACUGUGCCAUGGACCCGCGAGACACAGCACCAGAUUCGUGGGAGCAGGAGGAGGAUGUUAAGGCCCGAGCUACCGCGGGGCUCCAGUCCGCUCUCGCCGCUCUCAGCGUCAAUGCCAAGCCAUUUAUCCCGAAUGUCGACGCGGCGGUGUUUGUGCCGACUUUCCUUCAAAGUAGCCCUACGGAAAUCUCCAAUUCCGAUGGUCACGGUGCUGAGCCAGUUGCCAGCAUGGAGGUUUUAGAAACAGUUGCUCCGGUGGAGAACGGAGGAGGGACAGAAGCAGACAUGGCGGUGGAGGUGGAGACGUGGGAGCAGAAAGAGGAGCCCGGGGAAGGAGAACCAGGAGGAGGAGGAGCCUUGGGAGGAGAGGGAGGUUCCAGUGAAGAGGCACAGGGAAGGGAGGAAGUAGAGAUGAUGGAGGAGGAAGAAGAGGAGGAGUUGCCCGUGCUAAAAGUAAUCCCGCUCCCACCAAAUGCCCCGAAGAAGGAGCAUGUCAAUGUGGUGUUCAUCGGUCAUGUGGAUGCUGGUAAAUCAACUAUUGGGGGACAGAUCAUGUAUUUGACAGGUAUGGUGGAGAAAAGAACCCUGGAGAAAUAUGAAAGAGAAGCAAAAGAAAAAAACAGAGAAACAUGGUACCUGUCCUGGGCACUGGACACUAACCAGGAGGAGAGAGACAAGGGGAAGACGGUGGAGGUGGGGAGAGCCUACUUUGAGACAGAGAAAAAGCACUUUACUAUCCUGGAUGCCCCCGGCCACAAAAGCUUUGUCCCCAACAUGAUUGGUGGUGCAUCACAGGCUGACUUGGCAGUGCUGGUGAUCUCGGCCAGAAAAGGAGAGUUUGAGACAGGCUUUGAGAAGGGAGGCCAGACGCGGGAGCACGCCAUGCUAGCCAAGACGGCUGGAGUCAAGCACCUCAUCAUCCUCGUCAACAAGAUGGAUGACCCCACCGUCAACUGGAGCUUGGAAAGGUAUGAGGAAUGUAAAGAGAAAUUAGUGCCAUUUCUGAAGAAGGUGGGCUUCAACCCAAAGAAGGACAUCUACUUCAUGCCUUGCUCUGGGCUAACGGGAGCCAACUUGAAGGACCCCAUAGAGGAGUGCACGUGGUACACGGGGUUGCCAUUCAUCCCACACCUAGACAGCCUGCCAAGCUUCAACAGAAUCACAGACGGCCCCGUCAGAUUACCCAUCGUAGACAAAUACAAGGAUAUGGGCACGGUGAUCCUGGGGAAGCUGGAGUCUGGUUCCAUUGCCAAAGCCCAGCAGCUGGUCAUGAUGCCUAACAGGCACACAGUGGAGGUGCUGAGCCUGCUGUCUGAUGAGGUGGAGACAGAUGAAGCUGUUCCUGGGGAGAACCUGAAGCUAAGGCUGAAGGGCAUCGAGGAAGAGGAGAUUCUGCCUGGCUUCAUCCUCUGUAAUGCUGAGAACCUCUGCCACUCCGGACGCACCUUUGAUGCCCAGAUCGUCAUCAUUGAGCAUAAAUCCAUAAUCUGCCCAGGUUACAACGCAGUCCUACACAUCCACACCUGUAUUGAAGAAGUACAAAUCACAGCCUUAAUUUGUCUAGUGGACAAGAAGACAGGUGAGAAGAGCAAGACACGACCUCGCUUUGUCAAACAGGACCAGGUGUGCAUCGCCCGGCUUCGGUGUGCCGGAACCAUCUGCCUGGAGACCUUCAAAGACUUCCCACAGAUGGGGAGGUUCACCCUACGAGAUGAAGGCAAAACCAUUGCUAUUGGCAAAGUGCUGAAGCUGGUACCAGAGAAGGACUAAUGUGAACCAGCAUGGAAUCCUGGGACAGUUGUCAUGACAGAGGAAGCUGCUGACGCCGACUUAGCCAGCCACCCCCUCUUACAUACCACUCUCUCCUGAAGAGUAUGAGGAAGAGAAGGAGGAGGAGAACAAAUCAAGUUUGAAAAUAAAGAAGAAACUGUAAAAAGUGACUGAAUCAGUUUUUAUGAUGAACAAUAUUAAAGAAAGACAAGUCCAGUGUGUCAGCUUUCUCAUAUUGAGAGCUCAGCUAUGCCACUAAUGUAGCCGCUACCCUUUCCUAAGCCAACCUCACUCUGCGCUGGUCCACCUUUUGUUUUGGAAAUGGGAAUGUAUGCAGUGUUACUUUGUUUGGAAAGGAAGGGACUGGCGUUGCAUCCGGUUGCAUCACUUUGGACCAGAGUUAGCUAGUUAUACCCAUUCAAAUCCAAAAUAUUAUACCAAAAUGUUAAUAUUUUGGUUGUAGACAUCCCCAUACCAAAUCCUAUCUGGUAUGUUCACACACACAAUCAAACAAACAUGGUUCCUGUUGUGAUCAUGUGUUGUCACGUUACCAACAACAAUGAAAAUAAAGUAUCAAACUGAGGAAUAAAAGUA